AUGUCUACUUUCAAGUACUAUGCCGGCGCAUUUUCUCUAUUGUUCCUGGUCUCUCGGCUAGUGGAGUGGUUAAGGACCUUCAGCAAACGCCGCCGGAUUAUGCAUCAAAACGGCUGCGAGCCACCCAAGUCAAUUGUUCAGAAAGAUCCCGUAUUUGGGUUCGACAUAUUCAACGACCAAGUAUUCCAGGGAUGGGAGAAAACGAGCAGAAACAAGUACUUCACAAAUCUUUUCAAUAUUUACGGGAGCACGUUCCAAGCAAGGAUGUUCCACAAACGUCUUAUAUACACCAACUCCCCCGAGAAUAUGCAAGCUAUUUACACCACGGACUUUGAAUAUUUUGGUGUUAGUCCAGUUCGCGCUUUUCCUCUUCAGCCAAUUGUGGGGAGAGGAAUCAUCUCAAGCGACGGGUUACAAUGGAAAGGUCUUCGUGCUGCCGUCUGCCAGUGGCUUGCUCCUGUCCAAGCAGCACAGAUUGCCAAUAUCGAAAGCCACGUCGAUAGGCUUCUUAGUAAUAUCCCACAGGAUGGAAUAGAAUCGGAUUUGCAAAUCUUGUUUCAGGAUCUGGCUCUCAACACUACCAUGGAGUUCCUGUUUGGAGCAUCUUUGGAUACCGAGCCUCCCCCCCCACAGGGCUCGAAUAAAGAGUUUCUGGAAGCCUUCCAUUACGCACAAAAGCUUGUUCCUAAUCGAAUUCUGCUUCCACCGCACGAUAUAUUUACAACGGACUCGAAAUUCUGGUCAUCAUGUUGUUCAGUUCACCAGUUUGUCGAUAAGCAGAUAUUGAAAACCAAAAGUAAGCCUGCAGACAGCCAGACACACAGCUACUCGAUAGUUGACAGUCUCUUGAACCAGACCGAAGAUGUGGUUGAAAUACGCUGACACGUCUUGAACUGGUUCUUAGCGGCGCACGAAGGGAUCGCUGUUCCUUUGACGAAUAUAUUUUUCUACCUGGCGCGCCAUCCAAGGAUAUGGGCUGUACUAAAAGCGGAAAUUCAGAAAUUUGGUUCUAGAAAGGUCUCCCCCAAGGACGCGAGAAGCCUGAAAUAUCUGGAAAACGUCAUCAACGAGGCCUUUCGCCUCAGCCCAAACCUAGGAACCAACGAGCGAGUAGCCUUGCGCGACACGAUUCUUCCUACAGGAGGUGGCAUCUUGGGCAUGAAACCCAUAUUCGUCCGGGAGGGCGACUUGAUUGUUCCUAGUCUGUACACUUUGCAGCGCAGAACGGACAUUUGGGGGCACGGUGCUGAAGAGUUCAGGCCUGAACGAUGGGAGGAGGAAAGAGAAUCUCCAUGGACAAAUCUUCCAUUUGGUGGUGCCCAAUAA